AUGAGUGACGAUGCUUCGACUGCUUAUAUUUGUAUCUAUUGUCCAUUCAAUUCGGAUAAUCUUCAAGCACUCGAAAAUCAUUUGACAAGUGAACAUGGACAUGGCUGUCAAGAUACACCACAAGUAGAAUCAUCAUCAUUGAACAAUAUAAUCAAGGCUAAUAAACGUGAAGCACCUGAUGAUGAACAGUCGGAAUCUCUAUAUGAUGAUAGAAAACAAAUAAUAGAACAAUUAUCAAUUGUUAAACGAGUUAAACGAACAUCAUCACCAAUAUCAACUAGUUUAUAUAUAAAUAGUAGUGAUGAAAGUAAUGAAACAGAUGAUGAUAAUGAUGAUGAACGAGAUUCAUCAUUAAAUAAAAAAGAAAUAUAUUCAAAUGGAAUAUUAACAUGUCCAAUAUGUAGUUCAACUUAUAAUCGUCUUGGUCAUUUAUCACGACAUGUUAAACGAAAACAUCAUAUUGAUUUAUCUAAUUCAAUUUAUUCUGAAACAUUUUCUUUAUUAACAAAAUCAAAUAUUCAAUUAAAUAAUUCAAAUCAACAAAUUGAUAUUAAUCAUUCAAAUAAACAACUAAAUGAUGAUACUUUACCAUCAACAUCAAUAUCUCAAUCAAAUACAACAACAACAACAACUGAUUGUCCAUAUUGUGAUUAUAAAACAACUGAUAUUGAACUAUUUAAAACACAUAUUAUUGCUCAUAUACGAGAUAAAAAUUAUCGAUGUUUAUUAUGUAAUCGUUUAUAUAAAUAUCGAGGUGAUUGUUCAUUUCAUAUACGUCGUAAACAUCAUCGUUAUAGUAUUAAUUCAAAUGAUUAUAUUCAAAGAUUUUUAUUUGAUACAAAUGAUGGUGAUGAAUCAAUGACAACACAAUUACUUGGAAAUUCUUCAUCUCGACAUAAUUCUAAUAUAAAUACAAAUAUAACACGUGAAACAGAUGAACCUAUACGUUAUUUUGGUUGUCCAUAUUGUGAUUAUACAUCAAAUUAUGGAGGAGAUGUUCGAAAACAUCAAGCACGUAAACAUCCAAAUGCUGAAUCAAAAGUAGUUAAAAUAAUUCGACAAGAAAAUGAACAACAAAAUCAAACUUCAAAUAUAAAUAUUUAUGAUAAUGAUGAUUAUAAUCAAUAUAAAAAUUUAAAUAAUAAAAUAAAAUCAAUUAAAAAAUCUGAUAAAACAUCUUUACAACAACAAUCAUCAUCAUCAUCAUCAUUACCAAUAUUAUCAAAUUUUGCACCAGUUCGAGUAUUUCAAUGUAGUUCAUGUCAUCAACAAGGUACAUAUAAAUGGGUUGUUGAAAGACAUAUACGUGCUAAACAUCCUGAACAAUCUAAUGUUCAUGUUAUUGAAUUACCAGCUGAAUUAUCAAUUAAAUUACAAAAAAUAACAUCACCAUUAAAACGUUUUCGUUGUUCAUUAUGUCCAUUACAAUCGAAACAUAGUUGGGUUGUUAUUCGUCAUAUUAAACAUUUUCAUACAUUACAAACAGCAUCUGUACUUGAUAUACAACCAGAUGGAAAACCAAUUAAUCAUCAAUCAUAUUCAUAUCAAAAUGAUUGUUCAAAUAAAAUCUAUAAUAAUAAUAAUAAUAAUGAUUCAGAAUCAUCAUCAAUAACAAGUUCAUGUAAUCAUGAAGAUAUUGAAGAUGAUUUUAUACAAUCAUCAUCAAUAUUAAAUAAUAAAAAUGAAAUAAAUGAAUAUAUAUAUAAAUGUUCAUUAUGUGAUUAUCAAUCAAAUAUAUCAUCACAUAUUCAAAUACAUAUUAAUGAUAAACAUAAAGAACAAUCAAAUGCUUUUAUAUUAAAUGAAUAUCAACAAAAAAAAUUAUCAUUUAAUGAUAAUUCAAUUAAAAAAUCUAAACAUAAUAAUAAUAAUCAUAAUUUAAAUCGAUCAUAUUCACCAAUAAAUGAUUUAGUUAAAGCAAAAUUUUCACCAGCUGUUGAAGAAGCAUUACUUUCAUUACAAGGUUCAAAAUUAAAUUCAACACUUUAUGCUGUACAACCAAAAUUUGGUAUUAAACGUUUAAAAUGUCGACAUUGUUUUUAUCGUUCAAAUUGGAAAACUGAUAUGAUUAGACAUGUUAGAAUAAGACAUAAUUUAACUGAACCCGAUCAUAAUAGAGAUAUGAUUAUGAUGACUGAACAAGAAGCACGUUCAACAAUUGAAUCAUAUGAAAAUACAUUUGGAAAAGAAUUACGUCGACGAACAUUUCGUACAUGGAAUGAUUGGGCUCAAGCUGAACAAGAAUUUACACCAAAAGAUGGUUCACUUCAAUAUUUAAAUCAAAUAAAUGAAAAUAGUAGACAAUCAUCAAAUGAUAAUAAAAAUUCUAAAAAAUCAAUAUCAACAACAACAACUGUAAUAAAAUCAUCAUCAAAUAAUAAUGAUAUAAAACAUUCAAAUAAAAUUGAUCUUAAAAAUGAUUCACAUCAACAAUCACAAACACAUAUAAACCUCAAUCAAUCAUCAACAUUACAAACAGAUGAUUUAAAACAAAUAACAAAUUCAUCAAAUAUUGUUUCUCGUUUAUUAUUAACAAAAUCACCUUCAAAUAAUAAUGAUGAUAAUGCACCAUUAGAUCUUUCACUUAAAUCAUCAAUUAAUAUUAUAACUAAUCAAACAAAUAUUAAACAAAAAGAACAAGAAAAUAUUAAUGAACAAAUCUAUAAUGAAAAUUCCAUAGUUAAUUAUUUAUGUUCAGUAUGUCCUUAUAAACAUUCAAAUAUAUCAUUAGUUCAACAUCAUAUAUUAAUACAUAUUAAUGGUCAAGGUAUUAUUUGUCCUCUUUGUUCUUAUACAACAUUAUCAGAUAAAACAAUGAUAGAACAUAUGAAAAUAAAUCAUCCAACUAGUCAUAUUAAUUAUAAAUUUGAAAAAGCAUCGAAAUUAUUAAAUGCAAAUAUAAUUGAACAAUAUCAAUGUCGUUUAUGUUCAUAUCAAUGUGAUUGUUUAGAUACAUUAAAUAUUCAUCGUCGUCUUGAACAUGAUGAUGAAGAAUUUGAUAUUGAUACAGAUAAUGAUGAUGAUUUAGAUGAUAAUCAAGAUAUUGAUGAUAUAAAUGAUUCAAUAAUAAAAAAUAUAUUUAAUUGUCCAUUAUGUUAUCCAACAUUAAAUACAAAUAAUUAUUAUAAUCUUGAACAAUUAACAAUACAUGUUAUUAAUUAUCAUAAUAAUAAAAUAUGUCCAUUUUGUUCAUUUAAUCAUCAUACAACAACAUCAAAUACAUUAAUACAACAUAUUAAACUUCAUUUUAAUGGAACACUUAUACAACCUGAUCCUAUUAUUGGAAUUGAACAAGUUAAACAGUUAUUAAUAAGUUAA